AUGGUAUCCUUGCUUGACCCUGCCUUAUCUCCCCACGGUUCGCGCUCAUUGACAUCGCCGCGGGUGUUGGUUGCUCUUGCGCGCUUGGGGCUGUCACCAGAAGAGCUGGAGCAUGACUUACAGGCUCAGGUCCAGGACAAGAGCUGCGACCCUUAUUCAAAAGAAACAAGGCAUAAGUUGGAUGCUGUAAAACACAUGACCGAAUUUGUAGACAAGUAUGGUGUCACAGAAGAAGAGGGGAAGCUCUACAGCCUCGAGUCCCUUGUUUCCGCGAAUCCUCUAACAAAUGAAGUUGCUGAGCUGUGCACGUCUUACAAGGCGCAGUCUAUCCGGGGACUAAAGCACAAACACGACGAUCUCAACGUUGAAGAGCAUCCACUUGCCAACACAUGGAGCAACAGGAAAAGAACGAAGCCUUCAAACUCACCAAAGAAAGCCCAUGCGUCUCCUGAGUACUCACGAACUCAAAGACAGAAUAGGGCUCUAUUUGCAUCACAACCACUGUCAUUUGACGAUCGCAUAGCUCAGAAGCGAGCAAGCAUCAGCGCUGAAAAGGCAAGAAUGAUAGCCAGAGUCGAAGAUGCGCUGCAGACACAUGCAAGGGACAUGAACGCGCAGACCACUUACCAGCAGAAGAAGGCUACCAGGCGAUAUGAAGCCCUUGAGCGGCUUUUAAAGGAGAAGGAGGAAGCCAGACAAGAUCACCUUCUGAAGCAGCAGUUAUCUGUUCAGCGCAGAGAAAACGCGGUGAAGACACUGGCGGAGAUUGACCUGAACCGAUCAACGCUUCUACAGUACAAUCUACACGUGAAGGAGCUCAAGCGACGACGCUUCCUAGAACUCCAAGAUUGCGAACGGGAGCAGCAGAGGCAAAAGGGGCUCCUCAAUAGCUUUUAUGCAGAUGUCGUUCGGCAUCGUCGCGAGGAACGCCUGGCAAAGAAACAACAGUUGGCCGAAAUGGCGAUUGCGGCAAAACAGAAGGUGUUCUCCCUGUUGAAUCACCAAGCUGUCAUAAAUGCUUGUCACCGUGGCUUACAAAUGCGGAAUUCUCUUACGAAGGAGGCUACUAAAUUGAGCAGCCACGCUUCCACAACCUUCGGACACUUGCCAGAACAGAGAAGUAAUUGGGCUCAGUAA